AUUGUUUUUUUGUUGUCCAAAAAUUAAGUAAAAAUAAAAAAGAAUAAGAAUUAAGAACAGCGCAAACGACGUUGUUAGCAGGGACUUAAUCAAUGUUUGAAAAAUUAGUGAUUAAAAAGACCACAGUAGGCGACCGCUAAAUACUUCGCGUGAGCCAAACAAAAAUUCACUCAAUAUUUGGCAAUAAAAGUAAAUAAGAGCAGCACAUUUUGUGAAACUGUAAAGAUUUAAGGCCGCUGCAAUGGAAACAGCAGAGCUAAGUCCUUUUGUGUACUGGUCGCAAACGAAGCAAACAUUGUCGUUAAAAGUCGACCUAAAAGAUGCAAAAGGUGUUAUUACAGAAUUCACGCCCACAACGCUCUCGUUUAGCGCCAAUGGCACUGGAGCGCGUGGAGUAAAUGCGUACAGAUUUCGGCUGAAGUUCUAUGAGCGCAUCGAGGAGGAGAGUGCCACAUACACGGUCACAGACCACAAGAUCGAGAUAUCCAUACGGAAAGAAGAGCCUGGUUGGUGGGUGCGACUGGUGGCUACACCACAAAAGCCGCACUGGCUGAAGGUUGAUUUCGAUCGCUGGCACACCGAGGAAGAUGCAGAGAUACCCGAGCCAGCUGCGAGAGAUGUGCGCGAAGAUUAUGCGGAGGAAUAUCAAAAUUUACAAAAGAAGGAAAUCGGUUAUGUACGGGAGAAAACGAAAAAAGUCUACUUGGUCAUCUAUAACUUGGCCAUGUUUGUGGGCUAUCUGCAUAUUCUGAUUGUAAUGGGCGUGAUGUAUCUGCGGGAUGGACCAGACAGCAUUAAGCAUGCAUAUGAGUAUGUGGGCACUUCGUUCAAGUUCGUGCAACUAAUGCAAUACAUGGAGGUACUGCAUCCAAUUUUUGGGUACUCUAAGGGCAGCCCACUUGUGCCAUUUUUUCAGGUCUCUGGACGCAACUUUGUUCUCUUCCUUAUGAUUGAAAUGGAGCCACGCAUGCAUGCCAAGCCCGUGGUAUUCUAUGUAUUCACCAUUUGGGCGCUAGUCGAGAUUGUGCGAUAUCCUUACUAUGUCAGCCAGCUGCUCCAACGCGAGAACGGCCUACUCACCUGGCUACGCUACACCAUUUGGAUUCCUCUCUAUCCAGCAGGCAUUGUUUGCGAGGGUAUCAUACUGCUGCGCAGUAUACCCUAUAUUGAAGAAACCCAACGAUUUUGCAUUGACAUGCCCAACAAAUGGAACAUAACCUUUGACAUGGUGCUGUUCCUAAAAGUUUACUUGCUGCUGCUGGCUUUGCCCGGCAGCUACUUGGUCAUGUCACAUAUGUCCAAGCUACGCGUUAAAAAACUCGGACGUGGUCGUGCCAAAGCAAAGAAAAACUAAUUUUAAACAAGUCCUAACAGAUAUUAUAAUAUCAAUUUUGCUUAAAGGGGUUUUUAAACGCUUUCAAGACAAUGAGCAGAAUAUUCAAGUUAAGAAUAUUCAAUAAGUUAAACCAAAGCAAACUUUUAAGUAACAAUUUCAAAUAUGUUCCAAACAAAGGACCCCUACCAGUUAUUU